AUGCGUUCCCAGUCCCUCCUCGUCGCCGCUCUGGCUGCUUCCGUCUCUGCUCACGGCACGCUGUUGUCCGUCACUGGUUCCAAUGGCGUCACUAUGCCCGGUCUCACCAUCGCCGAUGGAACUCCCCGUGACUGCACUUCCAACGGCUGCGGCUCUCAGGCCGACACCGCCAUCAUCCGUGACCGCGAGAUCGCCUCCGGCCAGGUCGGCCCUCUCGGCCGCACCCAGGGCAACGGCCCAGUCGACGCCUCGGUCAUGAUCGACAACUUCAUGGGCGGCGCUGCCGCUCCCCAGAACAACGGCAAGGCCGCCGCCACCGGUGAGGAGGACAACAUCCCCAACUUCAAGCGCGCCGAGCUUCACGUCCGCCAGGGCCUCGCCGGUCUCUUCGGAGGCGCCGGCGGGGGCAAGGCCAAGACGCAGAACGGCCCCCCGAGUCCCGCGUCGCCGCCACCGCCGGCAUGGGCGCCUCCCAGGAUCAACCAGGAUGGCGCUGGUCCCUUGACCGCCGACGUCGACGGCACCUCCGGCGGUACCAAGGAGGAGGCCAUGCAGAAGGCCCAGGUCACCACCAACGUCCCGGGACUCGGUAUCCAGGGUCUCUCCCUCGCCACCAACGCCGAGUUCCCCGUCAAGGUCCAGAUGCCCGCCGGCAUGACCUGUGACGCCACCGUCGGCAUGGCCAAGAACGUCUGCGUUGUCCGUGUCCGCAACGGUGCUGCCGCCGGCCCCUUCGGUGGCUCCGCCGCCUUCACCCAGACCGCUGCCGGCCGCAAGCGUGCCAUUGCCUACCGCCUCAAGAAGCGCAUGGAGCUCAACAACCGCGCAUAA